AUGACAUUUAAUACCUGGAUUUCGGGUGAUAAUGUCGAGCAUGGAAUAAUAAAAAUUGUAAAACACAUCAAAUUGAUCGAUCCGGAUGUUGUCGCAUUACAGGAAGUUCAUGAUGCAGAAUGCUUGGAACAUUUAAUGGUUGAAAUGGGUAAAGGAUGGACGGCUAUUUCAACAACAUAUUCAUAUCCUGAUACAGCUAUUUUAACAAAACAUAAACUAGUAAAUCAAUCAUUUCAUCAAAUAAGCCAUGGUAUGGGUGUUAAAAUAGAAAUUGAGAAUACAAAUAGAACAAUUCAUAUAUGGAAUCUUCAUUUGGAUUAUCAGUCAUAUGGUCCAUAUGCAGCAUUUAAUAAAAUGGUUACUAAAGUAACACAAAUUAUGGCUGGUGAAAUGAUUGAUGGCAAAGGUCGUUUCCAGAAUAUGCGAGAAUUAAUAGUUGAUGAUCAUUUUCAAGCUGCAGUUGGAAAUUCAUCCACUGAGCCAUUGAUUGUUUGUGGUGAUUUUAAUUCACCCUCACAUCUUGAUUGGACGAAUCAAACAAGUUUUCUUCACGGUAACUGGAAAUUUCAAUGGCCAACAACGCAAAUAUUACAAAAUGAAGCUGGAAUGAAAGAUUCUUAUCGAGAACUACAUCCAGAAGUUCUUGAAAAUCCAGGAAUAACAUGGUCAACAGUAGAAAAAAUGACCAGUACCGGUUGGAGCUGGACGAUACCGGAACCACAGGAUAGAAUUGAUUACAUCUUUUAUCGUAGUCCUCUGCUUUUUCCCAUACAGUCAUAUACAUAUCAAGGUCAUGCAACUGUUUAUCCUAAACCAUUCCACUGGAAAAAUGAUUAUCCAUCUGAUCAUUUUGCUGUUAUUACCACUUUCCGUCUAAUGUAA